AUGGUUGUGAAUUCCAAGGAACAAUGUCAAGCCAUCACUUUGAGAAGUGGUAAGCAAGUUAAACAAUAUGUCCCUCAUUCAACUGUUGAGAAUAAUGAAGAAUUGGGUGAGACAUCUAGUUUAGAGAGUGAAAAUGUUAUUGAAGACCAUUUUACUACAGAGAAAGCAGUACCAGCUGUUGUUGUUGAUCCCCCAGUUAGAACCCCAUACCCUCAACGGCUUAGGAAAACUUCUCUUGAUAAACAUUUUUCCAAGUUCUUAUGGGUGUUGAAAAAGUUGCACAUCAACAUUCCCUUUGCUGAGGCUUUAGAGCAAAUGCCCAGCUAUGUGAAAUUCAUGAAGGAAAUUCUUUCUAAGAAGAGAAAGAUGGAAGACUACGAGACUGUGGCGUUGACUGAAGAGUGUAGUUCUAUUCUACAAAGGAAGCUUCCCCAAAAGUUGAGAGAUCUAGGGAGCUUCACCAUUCCUUGUACUAUUGGGAAUCUUGACUGGAAGCAGGCCUUGUGUGAUUUAGAGGCGGUUCUUGACAUGGAAGAGGAUACCGAUGUGCCAAUAAUUAUGGGAAGACCAUUCUUAGCCACUGGGCAGGCUCGUAUUGAUGUUCAAAAAGAGAAACCACCAGUUUUAGAAUUGAAGACUUUGCCAUAUCAUCUUCGUUACAUUUAUCUGGAUGAGAGUGAGACUUUACUGGUGAUUGUCUCUGCUUUUCUACUUGAUGUGGUGGUAGAAAAAUUAUUGAGAGUCUUGAGGGCUCACAAGCUAGCUAUUGGGUGGACAUUGGAAGAUAUUAGAGGGAUCAGUCCUUCUACAGUGAUGCAUAAGAUCCGCCUGGAAGAUGAGAGCACACCUUCAAUUGAAGCUCAGAGGAGGUUGAAUCCUACUUUGAAGGAGGUGGUAUUGCCAAAGAAAGGUGGGCUGACUAUAGUAACAAGUGAAAAGAAGGAAUUGAUUCCAUCAAGAACAGUGAUAGGAUGGAGGAUUUGCAUCGAUUACCGCAAGUUGAAUAAGGCAACAAGGAAAGAGAAUUUACCCUUGUCUUUCUUGGAUCAAAUGCUUGACAGACUAGCCGACCAUAGCUACUACUGCUUCUUAGAUGGGUAUUCUGGGUACCAUCAGAUUGCCAUUGCACCAGAAUACCAAGAGAAGACAACCUUCACUUGUCCUUAUGGUACAUUUUCCUUUCAAAGAAUGCCAUUCGGGCUAUGUAAUGCUCCUACUACUUUCCAACGGGGUGUGAUGGACAUUUUCUCUGAUAUGGUUGAGAGAACUAUCAAGAUUUUCAUGGAUGACUUUUUAGUAUUUGGGUCAUCAUUUGAUGAGUGUUUGAAGCAUCUAGAAGUAGUGUUGUAA